AUGAAUACGAGAGGUACACACGAGGCUUUAAAAUUAGCGUCUCAAAUGAAGUUUCUAGAUUCUUUUUUAUACGUAUCGACAACCUAUUGCAACACACACAAAGAAGUUAUAGAAGAGUGCGUAUAUCCGGCACCGGGAGAUUGGAAAAAGCUUAUAAAACUAGCCGAAAACAUGGAUGCUCACACGUUAGAUAUUUACGCUCCGAAAAUUUUGGGACAAUUUCCGAAUACUUAUACCUUCACGAAAGCUUUAGCGGAACAAGUUUGCCUCAGUUUCAAAGAUGAGAUACCAAUAAUUAUAUUUAGGCCUUCGAUAGUUAUUGCUAGCAUAACUGAACCUCUUCCCGGAUGGAUCGAUAAUUUUAACGGACCUGUAGGAUUGCUAGUUGCAAGUGGUAAAGGAAUAAUAAGAACGAUAUACGGAAAUCCCGAAUGUAGUUCUGAUUACAUACCUGUUGAUCUUGCCAUAAAAGGAAUUAUUGUUGCUGCUUGGUACCAAGGUAUUUCCAGAGGAAUGAAUCCCGAUCUUGUUGUUUACAAUGCUUCAUCUUAUGCAAUCAAACAAAUAACGCAAGAAAAACUGACUCAAAUAGCACAUCAUGCAACGGUACAGGUUCCUUUGAAUGAUAUCAUUUGGUUUCCGACAGCUACAACAACAAAUUGUAAAUUUAUUUAUUAUGCCAAUGUUUUAUUAUUACAUGUUUUACCAGCAAUCGUAAUAGAUUUCAUAUUGAAAUUAUACAAAAAAAAACCCAUGUUGUUAAGGUUGCAAAGAAAAAUAUUUCAUGCGAAUAAUGCUUUGGCAUAUUUUGUAACGCAACAAUGGAGUUUUAAAAAUGAUAAAACAUUUGCAUUGGCUGAUAAAAUAUUAGAUGAAGAUUUUGAAGAUUUCCAUUAUAAAAAAGUGGAUGUUGAUGAAGUUGAAUUUUUCAUAACAGCCAGUUAUGGAGCGAGACAAUAUUUGCUACAUGAAGAUAACAUUGGAUUACCAGAAGCCAAAAAACAUCAACAAAAGAUGUACUGGGUUCAUAAGGUCACUAAUUUGGGAGUUCUUUUGUUUUUAUUAUACGUCACGUAUAAAUUAAAUUUAGUACAAACGUUCAGAAACUUUUUAAUUAUGAUAAUUAAUUAUUUUGUUAAAAUAUUUGAAUAG